AUGUCUUCCACCAGCAACGCCUCCAUUGACAAGUUCAACGGAGACAAUUACGCAACGUGGAGCCGGUACAUGCGCGGUGUGUUUUUGACGAAGUCCGUCUGGCACGUGGUCAACCGUGAAGUGACUCCGACUUUCACCGACCCGCGAGCGUCCGAUGACUACGUCAAGGCAAGCAACGUCGCGUUUGGUAUGAUGCUGCUGCACAUGAACGCGGACUACCAUCAUGUGCUGGACAACUGCGAGGAAGCCUGGGUUGCGUGGACAAGUCUGAAGACGCUGUACGGUGGGUCGCAGAAGGCAGGACGCAUCUACCUCAAGCGACAACUUUUCAGUAUCAAGAUGGCUGAAGGCGCGAACGUCAUGCAUCACUGCAACGAGGUCCUUAACAUCUCCGCCAAGCUUAGCGGCAUCGGUGCGAAGAUGGAAGACGAAGACGUUGCAAUUUGUCUGCUACUCAGUCUUCCGAAGAGCUACGAAAAUGUGGUGCUCAACAUGGAAAUGAGCAGCACCGAGCUUCGCACUCAAGAUGUGGUGAGAGUCCUGACGAAUGAGCAUGCCAAGCGUCAAGGAGCAAAAGGGACAACGACAGCGACUACGGUGAAGGCUGAAGAUGCAAGCAAGGCAUUCAGCGCCGAGCGUGAGCCCUACCAAUGCACGUAUUGUGGCAAGGUGGGACACACGGUGGAUCGUUGCUGGACAAAGCAGAAGAACGAAGGCAAUGGCUACGAUCGAGUGGCGUUUGCAGUCUCGUUCGAAUGUGGAGUUUCGACGAGCAAGGACGUGUCUGGAAUGUGGGCCGUCGACAGUGGUGCAACGCACCACAUUUGCCACGACAAGACCAAGUUCGCAAGUUUGGCAGAGCGCAAUGAGGGCGAACUCUUGGUGGCUGAUGGCAACAAGGUGGCCAUCAAGGGUGUGGGAACCAUCAUGGAAAAGGUGGUUCUGCCCAACGGUGAAGAGCGUGAGAUCGAAAUCAAGAACGCGCUAUAUGUUCCAAGUAUGAGCAAGAACUGUUGA